GUGACCCGGUGGACGCUGAAACCUUGUCUCUUCCGGGCAGCGUGGCAGAGAGUGACAUGGGGGUGGAGUGCCAGCCGUGCGACGAGGAACCUGAGCCUGGCAUGUUCCUGUGCAAGUGCAAGAAUGAGUGCUACAAGAAGUUCGAGUUUGUGAGUGUCCAGAACUCCCGCAUGCACUGGACAGAUAUGGAGAAGCAGGUCCGCUCAGAGCAGCUCUACCAGUGCAUCAAGAUUCAGGUGACUGACGACCAGGGGAAUCUGUCGGGGGGGCGCCACAAGUGGACGUUCAAAAGCAAGGUCGUUUGCAGGAAUUUCUGGGCCCACGUCCACCUCACCUCCCCCAAGACCAUCGACACAUUCCGGAAACACAUCAUUGCAGGGGGAACGAAGCCCCCCGAGGCUCUUCCCAGGAUGCCACCGCCCAGGGUGACAUGUCAGAGUUCGAAGGCUGAUAGUUGGUUCUUGCAGUUGUACCAAGACCUUGGAGAACCAUACCCUAUGGAAGAUGCAUCUGAGGAGGUCUCCGUGGACGAGCUCCAUGAAAUGAUCGAGACGCCAAGUCAUCCCUUGUGGAGCUUGUCGGUGGCCUUGCCAGACGGUGACCCUACAAAGAGGUAUGCCCCCAGGCGCUACCUCAACCCAGGGAAGUUCCAGAACAUCUGGGAGAUGUACGAAGUUAGCGUUGCCAAGGUUGACAAAGUUUCCAAGGCCACCCUGUACAGCGUCUGGAAUUCAUCUUGGAAGAAUGUGCUGAAGUUUCGCAAUUCAGGGCAAGGGAAGAGGUGCAAAGUGUGUGCUGCCUUGGACGAGGCGAAGUCCAAGGCCUCGAGCACCGAGGAGCGCCAGCAGCUUAUCAAGGAGAAAAUGGAUCACAUCACGCAGAUCAAAGCAGAUCGCGCCAUAAAUGUCAGGGGCAACUUGCAGUCGGAGCAUGAUAGUGCUUCGACACGCACACAGGGCUCCGAGGUGCUGAAGAUCACCAUCGAUGGGAUGGAUCAGGCCAAGUUCAGAGGGUUCUGGGUGAUGGACACCGACAGGCCGAAGGACAGCAACAUGCAGUGCACGGUCAUUGCAAAGACCCUCGAGCUUGUGGAGGCCAAGUGCAAGGCGGCAGGCAAGUCUUUGCCUCGCACUCUCAUAGUGGCCUGCGACAACACGACCAGGGAGGGCAAAAACCAGCACUUUCUCAGCUUCUUGGGGUACUUGCAGGCCACACAGAAGUUCCAGACA